AUGUGUGGAUUGGAUCUGAACUACACACUCCAGAUUCUCAGAAUUCAAAGCGACGACCAGUUCGCACCAAAGGAUCGAAGGGUUCAGCAGCUUAUACGCCAAUUUCUUUCAGACAACAACCAGCGAUUCCGCCCCCCCAGCAAGCUGGAUGCACGCAGAAAUGCGGCUUUUAUUAGAGCAGCCUUGAAGCGAGAUGCAACGUCAGACACCCACAAAGACACGUCAGCUUCCGAAUCUUACGGGCUGGGUCACUCAAGCAAUGACCCAUUUCCCCCAGAUGCAGUGUUAGACUUGGACAACACUCCUGCGCCGACUGAGUCCAACCCGGUACCGAAAAUCGAGACAUGCCGGCCAAGAUCAUCGAGUACAUUGGAAGAUGAGAUUGGACCAUCAACAACCUACGUUUGUGAAGACCCGGAGCAGCUUUCUUUUGGUAACAUAACUCCCUCGGACCCGACAGAUGAGUCCCUUGACAACGAUGGUAGCGAGAUCUCCCUGAAGAGUCAGCGAAGCAAGAUCCGUCAAGUCCUAAGGCAGACUAGUUUCAGCUCAUCAGUCAUGUCUGAUCUGAUCAGCCUCAUGAACAAGCGAUGGUCUAUCAGUACUUUUACGCCAUCGGACCGCGGUUCCGUCUCGGCCGCAUCCAUUGUGGAGACUGGAAGGACUAUAAGAGGGGAGCAGGUUGCUCAAGUGAUCAGAUUACGGCAGCGAAUGAUUGAGCAAGCAAACACUGCGUUGAUCCAAACUUGUUGUUCGAACGAUUCCGCAUGCAUUCGCCAGUUUGUGGAUGGACUUAUCACACGGAGAUAUGAUCCCUUCCUCACGGACCCAUGCUCGGAAGUGCUUCAUGCUGAACUGCAUCAAUGCUUGUCUGAACCGAUGCAGCCUGGUCUGGACCCUUACGGAAACAGCGCACUUUUCUUCGCCGCUAGAUCGGGAGCGCCUGCCGGUGUCAUUCUCCCGUUGAUCGAUACAGUGGCUGACGUCAACGCCGUCAACGCUGAUGGUCAGACUUUUCUAUUCUUCCUAGAUCCUCGGGGAUUUCAACACAGACCUUGGACACUCACAAAGCAACAAAUCAAGACUCUGGUGUCCAGAAGACACACAGGAAUCUACGACUUGAAUGGCAUUUAUUGA